UCUCUCUCUCUCCCUUUCUAUCUCUAACACACCCUAUGCUCUCCACCUUUCUACCCCCAUAAUUAAAUUAAGCUUUAAAGCAUAACCCAUCUCUCUCCCUCUCUCUCCCCUCGCACUUCCCUUAUAUAUAAUGGCUUUGGAUGUUCAAUUCACCCAGCACCACCAAGGCCAUCUCCUUGUUGUUGAUGGUUCAUCACCCUCUAAUGGUUCUUGCAACUUCGGCCCGGUUCUAGCUCGACUGCCCCUCGCCCCGGUCACUCUCGAUCUCUUCAGUCCAGGCCAGCCCCACUCGGCUUUCCCGUCCCCUCUUAUCGAAUUGGAAGAGCCCUCUCCCCUCCCCCAGGGUUGGCAAAAGUUCCUCGAUCUUCAGACAGGUGAGGUGUACUACUCCAAGGGGAAGGAAAGGAUGAGCCGAAGGAGCGGUGCCGGACCAAAGCUCGACCUGAAGCUGAACCUCUCCCCGCCGCGGGCCCACAACCCGAGAGCGGCAGCCAACCCUAGCCCGACCCAAUCGGGGUCGCCGGCCACGAACUCCCCACCGAGCUCCUGCGUGUCGUCGGAGGUGGACCACCACAACUCGAGCAGCAGCCCGGAGGCGACCUCGAUGGUGCUGGUUGGUUGCCCACGCUGCCUCAUGUACGUUAUGCUGUCGGAGGACGACCCGAAGUGCCCCAAGUGCAAGAGCACGGUGCUGCUGGACUUCCUACAGGAGACCAACAACAACAACAGCAACAGCAGCCGCAGCCGCAGCAGCAGGAAGAGGAGCUGAAGGGAAUUUACGGUCUUACCCCUCUCACCUAGGAAGUUAGUUAAAGGUGUCAGUUAAUUCCUGUUUCCCUCCCGCCUCUUUCCUUUCCCCUGUUUCCUGCUCUGUUUCUUCCCCCAAGGGCAGUGCUAUGCGCGCUCCAUUUUUAGGUCUAAUCCCAUGUGCCCUUUAUCCCAUUGAUAAAAAAAAGCAAAAAAAAAAAAAGAGCCAAGGCAUCUAUAUAUAUAUAUAUAUAUAUAUAUAAUUAUAUAUGUAUGUAAUGGAGGAUGAAUGUAUCAGAAAAAAAAGUGAAGCGCCAUAGCACUGCCUUAUUUGCUCUGUUUCUAAUCAUAGAACCAUGCAAGAAUAGCUUCAAUGGAAAGACCUUCCUUUUUUGCCGA